AUGAAAGUAAAGCUAGUAUCAUGGAAUGUGAGGGGGUUAAAUGGGGUUGAAAAAAGGGACAUGGUCAAGCUAGUAUCAUGGAAUGUGAGGGGGUUAAAUGGGGUUGAAAAAAGGGACAUGGUCAGGAAAUUACUACGUCAAUGGGAUGCGGAUAUUUAUGUUCUAGUUGAAAUAAAGCUAGAAGGUCUUGUAGAUGGUAUGCUACGGAGUAUAUGGAGUAAUAGAUGGGUGGGUGAAUUUCAUAAAAUGGCUGUAGGGAGCAGUGGCGGAAUCUUAGUUCUAUGGGAUAAAAGGGUGUGGAUAGGAGAAAUGAUGGAGAUUGGUGUUCAAAGUGUUACUGGGAAAUUCACUGGGGUAAAUGAUGAUUUUAGCUUUUCCAUCACUGCAGCAGUCUAUGCAAAUUGCAAUAGAAGAAUCAGGAAGACGUUGUGGGAGGAGUUGGUAACUAUCAGAAGUAGAUAUAGUGGGCCAUGGAUAGUGUGCGGUGACUUUAAUGUUACCAGAUUCCCCUCUGAAAGAACAAAUUGUACGAGACUGAAUGGUGCUAUGACAGAGUUUUCUUCAUGUAUCGAGGAACAGGAGCUGAUCAGGCAAAAUGUGCUACCAAGACUAACUUUCUAUCACAACCCCAUUGCCUUGACAUGUGGGGACUGGGAGUGGAAGAAAACCUACUUUAAAUUUGAAACAUGGUGGCUGGAAGUGGAAGGAUUCAAAGACAAAGUAAAAGACUGGUGGAACUCCUUCAAUGUUGAAGGAAGAGCAGGCUUCAUACUAGCUGAAAAGUUGAAGUUACUAAAGGCUGAAUUGAAAAAGUGGAGUAGGGACAACAAAGGUAACUGGAAGCAAAGAAAAGAGGACAUUUUGAACCAGAUUACAAACCUGGAAAACAUCCAGGAAUGCAGAAUCCUCACUGAUGAUGAAGUUCUACAAAAGACCAAUUUGGCGAUGGAGUUUGAAGAGAUAGUAAAAAAUGAGGAGAUAGCUUGGAAGCAAAGGUCAAGGAUACAAUGGUUGAAAAGUGGUGAUAAGAACACAAAGUUCUUUCGUAGAAUUGCAACUUCAUACAAGAGGUUCAAUUCUAUGGAACAACUUCAAUUGGAAGGAGUCAUGGUAAAAGAUCCAGUUAUAAUCAAGGAGGCAAUGCAUGAUUUCUACAUGAAUCUAUUCAAAGAGUCUGAACAAUGGAGACCUGAUCUUAACAUACCGGAUGUUACUACAAUUUCUAAGGAGGAAUGGACUUGGUUGCAAAGACCUUUUGAAGAGGAAGAAAUUUAA